GGGAUCCAAACCAAAAAUACGACCAAAGGGAGGAGAAGGCGGAGCGUUCGCAGUAUGCCCCAGGGGAGGGCGGCAUGCCACGAUCGCCGUCUGACUACGGGGCCGGAGACCGCCAGUGUCGGGGAGGCUACGGCCGCUCCUAUGAGGACGCAGAGGUAGCACGGAGUGCGUUCCGCGCUCGACGGGGCGGUUGGCACUCUCAGGAAGAGUAUCCACCCGAACCCGGCUUCCUGGCUGAUGGCCCACCCCUCAGCGAGCACGAGCUUCAGCGGCAGCGGCAGGAGGAGUACCAGAACCGCUACCGCAGUGACCCGAACCUGGCCCGCUACCCGGUCAAACCCCAACCUUACGAGGAACAGAUGCGCAUGCACGCCGAGGUUUCGCGUUUCAGGCAUGAACGGCGACACAGCGAUGUCUCCCUGGCGUACACAGAGAUGGAGGAGCCCUUGGGGCCCCUGCGGGGUCCCCCCUACUCCCCGGGUCCCGGACACACCCACUGGAGGUCCAACCACAGUCCACCCAGCGUGGACUCCCUCUACAGGCAGCAGCACCUGGAUCCUGUCUCGGCCGUAAGGAAGAGUAAAAGAGAAAAGAUGGAGAGCAUGUUGCGGAAUGACUCGCUCAGUUCUGACCAAUCAGAGUCCGUCAGGCCGCCGCCGCCCAAACCUCACAAGACCAAGAGGGGCGGCAAAAUGAGGCAGGUGUCCCUGAGCAGCUCAGAGGAGGAACUGGCCACUACACCGGAGUACACCAGCUGUGAGGACGUGGAGAUCGAGAGUGAGUCUGUGAGCGAAAAAGGGGACAGUCAAAGGGGAAAAAGACAAACUUUUGAGCAGUCACACACCUUAUCUGAGGGCCAAAAGAAAAUGGUGCGCUUUGGGGGCCACUCUUUGGAAGAAGAUGCUGAGUGGUGUGAACCCCAGGUUAAAGACUCGGGGGUUGAUACAUGCAGUAGCACUACCCUAAACGAGGAGCAUAGCCAUAGUGAGAAGCACCCGGUCACAUGGCAGCCCUCCAAAGAUGGAGAUCGACUGAUCGGCAGAAUCCUGCUCAACAAGCGCAUGAAGGACGGCAGCGUUCCCCGCGACUCUGGAGCUCUUCUGGGACUGAAAGUGGUUGGAGGAAAGAUGACAGAGUCCAGGCGACUUUGUGCAUUCAUCACCAAAGUAAGGAAAGGGAGUUUAGCGGAUACAGUUGGGCAUCUCAGACCAGGUGACCAAGUCCUUGAGUGGAACGGCCGAAAGUUACAAGGAGCCACAUUUAAAGAAGUUUACAAUAUCAUUUUAGAAUCAAAGCCAGAGCCUCAGGUGGAACUAGUGGUCUCACGACCCAUUGGCGAUAUCCCCAGGAUACCAGAAAGCACACACGCACAACUGGAGUCCAGUUCGAGUUCAUUUGAGUCUCAGAAGAUGGAGCGCCCCUCCAUAUCCGUCACGUCUCCCAUGAGCCCCGGAGUGCUGCGGGAUGCCCCUCAGUACUUAUCGGGACAGCUUACAGUCAAACUUUGGUAUGACAAAGUCGGCCAUCAGCUUAUCGUCACCAUACUGGGGGCAAAGGACCUGCCUUCAAGAGAAGACGGCCGACCACGCAAUCCUUACGUGAAGAUCUACUUCCUCCCUGACAGAAGUGACAAAAGCAAAAGAAGAACAAAAACUGUAAAGAAAUCACUAGAGCCCAAAUGGAACCAGACCUUUAUGUAUUCCCCCGUCCACCGGCGGGAGUUCAGGGAACGCAUGCUGGAGAUCACGCUGUGGGACCAGGCUCGGGUGCGAGAGGAGGAGAGUGAGUUCUUGGGAGAGAUCCUUAUAGAGCUGGAAACAGCACUGCUGGACGAUGAGCCACACUGGUAUAAGCUACAAACACAUGAUGUCUCAUCGGUACCCCUGCCCAAGAGCUCCCCCUGCCUUCAGAGACGAGCGCUGCAUGGAGACAGUCCCACACGCAGACUGCAGAGGUCUCAGAGGAUCAGCGACAGUGAGUUCUCAGACUAUGACUGUGAGGAUGGUGUUGGCGUCGUGUCAGACUAUAGAAACGGCAGGGACCUCCAGAGCUCCACCCUCUCUGUGCCUGAGCAGGUCUUAUCAUCCAAUCACUGCUCUCGGUCAGCUGACAUCAACCGAGCACGCUCACGGUCUCCCAGCAUGCCCCCUUCUCAGAGUCAUUUUCUCACCUUACCUCGAACCCGACACAGUCAGCCUCAUGACAGUCAGCUGGAGGAACUCAGGAAUUACGGCUCGCCAGACAGGCACGAGUAUCACCACAGGUCCCGUUCUGCAGACCAGCGGUCCGCACUGGAGCGGCCCAUGUACAGUCGCUCUCGCUCCACGGAGCGGCCACCUGACGGCCCCCACAUGAGGUCAUCAAUGCCCUCCCUGUCAGGACACUCCGCUCCACCCUCCCCUGCCUUAUCGAGGGCACAUCCUCGUGGAGGAUCGGUUCAGACCAGCCCCACCGGGACCCCCGUGAACAGCAGGAGAGGACGACAGCUCCCACAACUGCCUCCAAAAGGGACGCUGGAAAGAAAAGAUGGAGAUGAAGAACUUGAGCCUUGUCCAGGUGCUAUGGAUGUGGAGGAACGAACGCGGCAGAUGAAGCUGAAGAUGAACAAGUAUAAACAGGGAACUGGCUCGGAUUCAAGGCUGGAACAGGACUAUCACAAGGCAAGUAAAAGAUGUCUACCGAAAAACACAUCUGACGGCAUGUGUUGUGUUGUGUUUGCUCUGCAGUGUUCAGGCAGGGAUCCUCAGCGGGGAGAAAACCUCUCGGCCAAGUCUUCGGACAGUGAUGUUAGCGACGUGUCCGCUGUGUCGAGAACCAGCAGUGCGUCUCGAUUCAGCAGCAUGAGCUACAUCUCUGUCCAAUCCGAACGGCCGCGAGGCAGCCACAAGAUCAGGCAAGUGGGAACGGAGGCCGGGGGCAACAUGACCAAGAGCACCAGCAUCGGCGGGGACAUGUGCAGUCUGGAGAAGACCGAUGGCAGCCAGUCGGACACGGCCGUGAGCCUGGUGGGAACCGUUGACAAGAAACGGCGCUCCAGCAUCGGCGCCAAGAUGGCAGCAGUCGUGGGGUUGAGCCGAAAGAGCCGCAGUGCCUCGCAGCUCGGCCAUACAGAAGCAGGAGGAAAGAAGCUGCGCAGCACCAUCCAGAGGAGCACAGAGACGGGACUGGCUGUAGAGAUGAGGAGCAGGAUGACCAGGCAGGCCAGCCGCGAAUCCAAUGAUGGAAGCAUGAACAGCUACAGCUCAGAGGGAAACCUCAUCUUUCCCGGAGUGAGACUUUCUUCUGACAGUCAGUUCAGUGAUUUUCUGGAUGGACUUGGCCCCGCCCAGCUUGUGGGAAGACAGACUUUAGCCACGCCCCCUAUGGGUGACAUUCAGAUCGGGAUGGUGGAAAAGAAAGGAGCCCUAGAGGUAGAGGUCAUCCGAGCCAGAGGCCUUGUGGGAAAACCAGGUUCUAAGGCACUGCCAGCCCCUUAUGUAAAGGUGUAUCUACUGGAGAACGGCGCCUGCAUAGCCAAAAAGAAAACAAAAGUAGCACGAAAAACACUGGACCCUCUUUACCAGCAGCAGCUGUCGUUUGAAGAGACCCCAGGAGGAAAGGUUUUACAGAUCAUUGUGUGGGGAGACUACGGACGUAUGGACCACAAAUCCUUCAUGGGAGCUGCACAGAUACUUUUAGAUGAUCUGGACUUGUCCAACAUGGUUAUUGGCUGGUUCAAGCUGUUUCCUCCCUCUUCAUUGGUCGACCCAACCCUGGCCCCGUUGACCAGAAGAGCUUCCCAGUCGUCCCUCGACAGCGGUUCCGGGCCCUUCGGUCGCUCGUAGCAGUUUCCUGAAUUCUAGCGUUAUUGUAGCAGCCAUUGGGUGGAGUUUGAGAUUUGCGACAGGUCCCGCCCCCCCGGUAACACUGCAUGCUUGAUGUUGUGUGUUCAGAACUCUUCAGAGCUUGUUUCUUAGGGGUGAAAAAAAGCGGUCCUGUUUUUGCUCGCAAAAAAAUGGCGCACAAAGAGCAACACCUAGAGGGCAGGGACGAGACGAAGCUGGAAAAUGGCCUCCUUAGCCUGAGGAACGUCACCAUUCCUGCUUAUAGAACCUAUUUGAAGCCAUUGGAGAUGAGUCUGAACUGAGAACUGACACGUCGAGUUCUUCAAAAGCCCUUUUUGAAAUGGGGUGAAACCUUCUCUUCGACUUUUGCUUUCCAUUUAUGUUUCUUUUAAUGUUGAUGUAUUUGUAUCUACAUGGGCUAACAGUGUUCCUUGGGUCAAGCCAUGCCAACAGACCCAGAAAUGUACACACAAAACAAGAAUAUGACGUGGGAAUGAGCACCUCACUCCCCAGAUAUGAUUCUGCUAGAUCAUUACAGAGAUGAAAUGUAGGUUUGAACAUCUUUUUAGAUCAAAUUGAAGUACUUCUCUUGAUACCGUAUGAAACCUAAAGAAGAAAUAAUGAGUUUUCUGUUGCAUGGACACAACUUUAGCUGAACUUGAAAAAAGUGAAUAGGAAAUAAUUUUCUCAGACUGCUACUUGCAAAAAAAGACAACAAGAUAAAAGAAAAAAUGAACCGGAUCAGCCAUUUUCAACAAUUUCUAUUAUUUUUAAAGAUAAAUUUCACUAGUGCAUGAUUUUCAGGGGGAGUGAAUGCUACAGCGUGAUUAAAAAAACAAAACAUGAAACCUGUUUUUUUUUUUGUCCUGUAGACCGUUUAUUGGUCUCUCUACUGUAUUUUUACAGACAAGCAGAUAAAUGACAAGCUUAACAUUUUAUUUACAGUGAAAAAUCUGUUCACGUGACAAAGAUGAAAAAAAUAAAUGUCUAGGAUUUAUUAUUGUAAAGGUGUAAGCCUUAUGAAGAUGUGCAAAUUGUACGUUUCUCUACUUCUCCCUUGUCCCAGGGUGAACUCUCUGUACUUCUUGCUUCCGUUGUCAGAUUUCCCCCCUGAUAUUGUUCCAGUUCUCCUUAAAAAUUUCAUUUUCAGGGCUGUUGGUUUCCCACAGCUCUUGUAGUUUUAGUCUGUAUAUUGUUUGAAGUUCUUUAGUUUAACAAGCAUGUUGAAAAGGGUUUUUGGCAACAUGGCUUUGGCACAUCUUACAGUAACUCAGCAUGUUUUGAUAAAGACGAUAUUUGGAGAGAAAAAAAAGCAGUUUCUUGUACAGUGCAUGUCGAUGACGAUCCUCUCCCCCUCUUCACCCUGAAUUGAAUUUUAGUGAAAAUUAGGCAGUGGUCUCACACGGACCAGAAGGGCAGAAUUCUGAAUGAACAUUCCACCUUGUAAAAUCAUACUUUGUUGACAUAUUUAAGGGGAAACCGUGACCAGGGAUUUUUAUAUCUUUACGGAAAUAUGAGCUGCAGUAUUCCUGACAAAAGAGCCCAAAAUUUCAUGAGAUCUUUUUACCGGAGACGGCUGCAGCUCACUGACUUUCGCAGUAUUGUGCUGUACAGUUUUCUGAGCAUGAUGCUGUCUGCAGAGAAAUGCACAUCGGGACGAUGAUAUUGCCACACAAUAUAACUUUGGUUUUUAUUUCUUCGUUUCAAGAAAGUAGAGGUCAUUUAAUAUAUUUUUGUUAGUUUAUUUACAAGCCAAGACCUAUUUAUUUUCUAUUUUUUAGUAAUAAUCGGAGCUUCUUGUAUCUGAGAAGUGUUAAUAGUUUUAAUGCCUGAAUGGAAAUAUACACGGAGACAUUAUACCUCUUCCUUUGAAAAUAAACUUUUCUGAUUAAUCGUUUUCUCAAGCUUUCAGUCUGUUAAUGAUUUCUGUGUACGUCUGUCACAAUCCACAGAAUUUUAAUAGCAAACUCUCUAGAUAUUGUCAAAUUUUAUGGAAGUGGGAUAAUGUCUCACGAUGUCAUUGGUAUGUUCUGUUCUAAUGCAAAUGCCUUCUCUGUAGGUUUUUUUUUUUGUUUCUUUUUUUUCUUUUUUUUUUUUGGUGCAAUGUGUUCAUGCCAAGGCUAUAUGUCUUGGUCAAGUAUGGUUGAGUACAGAGAUUUAUGUAAGUUAUUUUUCAAAUAAAAAAAUAAAAAAUGGAUAUUACACUGGAAAAUGAGCAUUCGCAAACAAAA